UGCUUAGAAGGUGUGCUGGAGGACAGCGUGGACCGUGGAUCCAGAGGCACACUCCCAGAGAGAGCCCGAGAUUCUGCCACAAUGAGGAAGCACCUGGCUGGAUGCUGGUUGGCCAUUGUCUGUGUCCUGCUCUUCAGCCAGCUCUCCGCUGUCAAGGCGAGAGGCAUAAAGCACAGAAUCAAAUGGAACCGGAAGGCCUUGCCAAGUACGUCCAAGGUCACCGAGGCCCACACGGCGGAGAUCCGCCCGGGGGCCUUCAUCAGGCAGGGCCGAAAGCUCAACAUCGACUUCGGCGCCGAGGGCAACAGGUACUACGAGGCCAACUACUGGCAGUUCCCUGACGAGAUCCACUACAACGGCUGCUCCGAGGCCAACGUGACCAAGGAGAAGUUUGUCAUCAGCUGCAUCAACGCUACCCAGGCAGAGAACCAGGAGGAGCUGUCCCGAGAGAAGCAGGACGACAAGCUUCACCAGCGGAUCCUGUGGCGGCUGAUCCGGGAGCUCUGCUCCGUCAAGCACUGCGAUUUCUGGUUGGACAGCGGAGCGGGACUCCGGGUCGCCGUGGACCAGCCUGUGUUGCUCUGCCUGCCGGUUUUCACUUGGUUUAUCGUGAAAUAAGCUUGCAGGCAGGCUGGCAGCCACAGAGCUGAGCCAGGCCAGUUAUCCCAGUUCUCUCCCCAGCCCCAAGCCACACCUGUUCUGAAGGUACCAAAGAGCAGUGAUGCUGCGGCGCUUCAAACAGCGCGCCCAAGUGUUCACUCUGGUAUUUGUAUUUGAUAAAUGCUUGUGUAUCCAUCCCUCCAGCCUUGUCCCCACAGUGGCUUGUCCAUCACUGCAUUCUCAGCGCCCGGUGGAGUGUCUGGCACACCAUAUUAUGCAGUAAAUGUUUGGUGAAUAGGUAAAAGAAUGCACCAGGGACUGUGCCAAGCACUUCACAGUACUUCCCAACAACUCUCAGAGGUAGGUGUUAUUCCCGUUUUAUAGAUGAGUAAACUGAGGCUCCGAGAGAUACAGCAGCUCAAAAGCAGCAAAGCCGGAAUUUAACCCUGGCUUGUCUAACCCCAGAUUUUCCUCUCUGGGCAGUCCCAGAGCCGUCUGUGAUCCCCUAUGGCACGCAAGGCCCGAAUCCAAACACAUAUCUCUAACGAAACUGGGGAAACUCCACUUUUAGAAAUCUGAAAACAGCUGAGCUGACGGCCAUGUAUUUCAAUACGUUGUUACAUGGAGGUUUCAUUUAAUUCCUCUAAUUAAACUAAGAUAUAAUAAAAGAAUUAAACUAACAUAGAAAUAAAGCUAGACAAAGUUCCAGAAAUCAUCUUGUAAGGCAGUAUUGCCACGCUGACUCCCAGAGCAGACUAGAUCUAGAGCGGGAUGUGUCUGUGGCACAAAGAU